CCCUCUCUCUCAGUCUCUUUUUCCUCCUUUUCUGUCUGCCACUAGCCUACCUGAGGGAAAGUGCACAAAGCCAAUAAGACAAUCUGGCGUGUCGGCUGGGCCCUGUGCGCGCUAUGCUUGGGUAAAAGGCCGCUGUUUGCGGUGUUUACAGGGGAUGUAGAGAGGGACAGAGGCACCGCUCUCCCCGACGGACCGCGCCGUGUCUGCUCUGCUCUGCUCUGCCCAGCCCGCUGCAUCGCUGAGCGGCCUGCGAAGCACACAAGAUGUCGACCAGAACGCCAUUACCCACGGUGAACGAGCGUGACACCGAGAAUCACUCGUCGGUGGACGGCUUCGUUGAACCCCCAGUCCCGCCGACAAAGUCUGCGAGUCGCCACAGCCUGCCGCGAUGCCGCAACUCUUUCACCUCCACAGAGGAGCACCCCCAUAUUGGCAAUUACCGCCUCCUCAAGACCAUUGGGAAGGGGAAUUUCGCCAAAGUGAAGCUGGCACGACAUGUCCUGACUGGACGAGAGGUGGCAGUAAAGAUUAUAGACAAAACCCAGCUGAAUCCCACAAGUCUACAGAAGCUCUUCAGGGAAGUCCGAAUAAUGAAGUUACUGAAUCAUCCAAAUAUAGUGAAAUUGUUUGAGGUGAUCGAGACGGAGAAGACACUUUAUUUGGUGAUGGAGUACGCCAGUGGGGGAGAAGUAUUUGACUAUCUAGUGGCUCACGGCAGAAUGAAGGAGAAGGAGGCCAGGGCCAAGUUCAGACAAAUUGUGUCUGCAGUGCAGUAUUGUCACCAGAGGAGGAUAGUACACAGGGAUCUAAAGGCAGAGAACCUGUUGUUAGACGCAGAUAUGAACAUCAAGAUAGCCGACUUUGGCUUCAGUAAUGAGUUCACUGUGGGCAGCAAGCUGGACACUUUCUGCGGCUCCCCGCCAUAUGCUGCUCCAGAACUCUUCCAGGGAAAGAAGUACGAUGGACCAGAAGUGGAUGUCUGGAGCCUGGGGGUCAUCCUCUACACACUGGUCAGCGGCUCACUACCCUUCGACGGACAGAAUCUAAAGGAGCUGAGGGAGAGGGUCCUGCGUGGAAAGUACCGUAUUCCUUUCUACAUGUCCACAGACUGUGAAAACCUGCUGAAGAAACUACUUGUGCUCAACCCUGUUAAACGAGGCAGUUUGGAGCAAAUCAUGAAAGACCACUGGAUGAAUGUGGGUCAUGAGGAGGAGGAGCUAAAACCUUACAUCGAGCCGGAGGCAGACUUCAGUGAUUCAUCCAGAAUAGAGCUCAUGGUGACGAUGGGCUUCCCUAAAGAUGAGAUCACAGAGUCUCUACAGAGCCAGAAGUACGAUGAUGUCAUGGCAACUUACCUGCUGCUCGGCAGAAAAGCUCCGGAGUUUGAGGGGAGCGAACCUUUGACCAACAGCAUCCUGGGCCAGCGACCGCGACCAACCAGUGACAUCAACAACAGUUCCAGCAUUUCUCCUGCCCAUCCCAAGGUCACACGCAGCAUCUCGGCCAAUCAGAAGCAGCGCCGCUACAGUGAUCAUGUUGGUCCAUCUGUGCCCCCCGCGGUAUCGUACACGAAGCGUGGCCAGGCCCUGAGUGUGGAAAGUGACCACAGGGAGGAGUGGGAGGAGGCGCGCCGGCUGGAGCUCAACACUUCUAAAGGAGACGUUCCCGCUUCACCACUGGGGGUGCAGGAGAGAAAGAAAACUACAAGUGCAGUGGGGACCAAUGGAUCAAUGACUCGCAGGAACACAUACGUGUGUGAACGAUCCUCUACUGACCGCUAUUCAGCUAUCCCCAAUGGCAAAGACAGCAGUUUAACCGAGGUGUCAGGGAGCACCUCAUCGACUGCAAUGAGCUCUACACGACCUCGUCACACUAAGUCCAUGUCAUCGUCAGGGCAUCCUUCAAAGAGCACACUGCCCCCCAUCGAUGACAACACAGAGCUGAAAGCCAGCUCCUCUCCGCGGGGUCCCUCCACCUCUCCGUCUGCACACAGUAUUAGCACCCCAGAAAAGAACCGUUUCCCCCGUGGUACCACCAGUCGCAGCACCUUCCACGGUGCUCAGCUCAGAGACCGGCGCAGUGCCACCUACAACGGCCCCCCAGCUUCGCCUACAUUGUCCCAUGAUACAGGGGCUCUUGCUCAGCAACGCAGGGGCACCUCCACUGGGAUCAUCAGCAAGAUCACCUCCAAGUUUGUCCGCAGGGUGCCUAGUGAGGGAGAGGCCAGUGCCAGGACGGAAACACCAAGAAGUGCUUCAGGCGAUACUAAGGAGGACUGCGGUCGGGACUCCAAGCCUCGCUCACUUCGAUUUACCUGGAGCAUGAAGACCACCUCCUCCAUGGAGCCCGCUGAGAUGAUGAGGGAGAUCCGAAAGGUUUUGGAUGCCAACAGCUGCGAUUACGAGCAGCGUGAACGCUUCCUGCUUUUCUGUGUCCAUGGCGACGCUCGCCAGGACAACCUGGUCCAAUGGGAGAUGGAGGUGUGCAAGCUGCCCCGCCUUUCACUUAACGGCGUGCGCUUCAAGAGGAUAUCGGGCACGUCCAUCGCCUUUAAGAAUAUCGCCUGCAAAAUUGCCAAUGAGCUCAAACUGUGACAGCAGAUGGAGUCCCAGUCAGUCUUCGGUGAGCUAUGGUUCUCAUCUCAUCACUGGAUUAGUGUUGAUUUACAGGACAAAAUUCAGCACUGAAGGUCCUCACCUUGUAGAAUCAGGGUGGACUUGGCUGGUAACGUGCAAUACUGGCCACGAAUGUACUGUACAGGGUAGUGGAUCAAAGAGAUAACGCAAGGUUUAACCUCUGUGACGGAGAGAUAGCAAAAACAGCUAACCAUCCCCUUUUAUUUUCUUCCGUCCGGCCCUCUGUCUCUCUCAUCAGCCCGCUGCUCCUCGUCAUAGCACACAUUCAUGUAACAUAUGCAGUAUGCAACUGAAGAUGACCAUCCUGCAAUAAUGUUUUCAAUCUCUUUUUCUAAACGCCUACUACAAGAUCUACUCUCCUCGCUGAAUAACCAUUAAAAUUACUGAAAGCUAAAAAAAGCCGCUUUUCCACCUGUGUUAAGUCAGUAUAUAGAUCAGGCUGGAGCCCAUACUAAAACUAUGUAAAAAGAGAAUUGUACUGUAUGCAUAACAUCUGCAGGUACUGUAUUGUAUAUUGAUUUUGUGUUCUGUACAGAAUUUUAUUGUCAAUACUGUCUUUUUUUCAUGGGAUUUCAGUUCUUUCCUAAUAUAAUUGAUGUAUCUUAAAGCAUUAUCCUUUCGGUAUGAGUUUUUUUUUUUUUUAAGAGCCACCUUAUGAAAAUAGUGUUUUUACUUUUAUUUAAAGAGCACUAAAUUAUUAAGGGAUGUGCUCCCUUGCCUUUUACGUUGUAUUUUAUUUGCCUAUGGAAAAAAAACACUAAGUUGCACCACAUAGACUUGAGUAGUAACUUCAGUUAAAACUGAAAAUGUGUUCACUUUAUUUUCUCUCAGCAGUAGGUAGGUGAUUUGGAGAUCCUGCUGCAGUUGCACAAGUUUUCCAGGAUGAUGUGUAUGAACAUGAGAGUAUGCACCUGUAUUUCUUUCAUGUUAGUUUGGUAGUCCUCAGUUACAAAAGAAGCAGGGUUUAAAUUGGUUUACUUUAGAAAGCGAAGAACAGGAUGUCUUUGUCCUAAGGAUGGACGAUGCAUGAAAAGUCAAAAACAAUCACUAUGAAAGAGGCAGUCUGUCUCGUGGAGCCUUUCUAAAGGGCCUGGUUUAGUCCUGCCACCAGUGUGAUUGUGCAGGUACUCGUGUAUCUCCUUGCUUGUGUAUUUUUUUUUCUUUUUUUUUAAUUCAGCGGAUUUUAUUGUAUUUAUUCCAUUACAUUGUAAUGUGCUGCUUUGUAGAAUUGAGGCGUGCACUUUGUUGGAGAAAAUAAAAAGGAUUUUAUUUGUUUGUA